GGGGUCCCUCUCCGGAGACAACGCAGCUACACUGUUCCGCUUGUGCUGCACGUUGUUCUUUUCUAAGGUCAAAGUUUACUGCACAAGGAAGACCCGCUGUGUGGUAGUUUCUCUAUAUGGUUUUCCCCUUGUUGUGUUUGGCUCUCAAUAAAUCUGCACAAUAUUUUUAUUAAUUUCCUUGCCAGGAGGCGAUCUGUUUCCAGCUUCCCGUCAUGUCCGCUACAAUGACCACGAUUGUCCACGACACUACGGAAGCAGUGUGCUUCUCCUCAGACUACAACCUGUACCUCAAGCCCAUUGCCAAAAUGACCAUCAGCGUGGCUCUGCCACAGCUGAAGCUGCCGGGCAAGAGCAUCUCAAACUGGGAAGUAAUGGAGAGGAUAAAGGCCAUGGUAGCUCCAGAGCAGUUCUCGGCCCUGCGGAUCUCCAAGAGCACCAUGGACUUCAUCCGGUUCGAGGGCGAGGUGGAGAACAAGACGGUGGUCAAGAGCCUGCUGUCUCGCCUGGAUGGGAAGACCAUCAAACUCAGUGGAUUUACUGAUGUACUGAAGGUCCGUGCAAUAGAGAAUAAAGUGGACUUCCCUACACGUCACGACUGGGACUCCUUCUUCCGCGAUGCCAAGGAUAUGAAUGAGAGUCUGCCGGGAGAGAGACCGGACACCAUCCACCUAGAGGGACUCCCUUGCCGCUGGUUCAGCCAGAAGGACAGCCCGUACCCAGACCGGCCCUCUGAGGACGUCCUCAUUUCGGUCUUUGAGACAUUCGGCAAGGUGCGACAUGUGGACAUCCCCAUGCUGGACCCAUACCGGGAGGAGAUGCUGGACAAGAACUUCAACACAUUCAGUUUCGGGGGUCAUCUGAACUUUGAGGCUUAUGUCCAGUUCCAGGAGUAUGACGGCUUCACCAAGGCAAUGGACACCCUGCGCAGCAUGAAGCUGAUGCUGAAAGGAGACGAUGGAAAAGCAGUAGCCUGCAACAUCAAGGUGUCCUUUGACACCAGCAAACACUUGAGUGAGUUGGCUCUGAAGAGGAGGAACCUGGAGAGGCUCAAGUUACAAGAGCUGGAGAGGCAGAGGGAGGAGCAGAAACGUCAGGAGAAGGAAGAUGAGGAGCGACGUAAGGAGGAGGAGAGAAAACAGAAGGAGCAAGAAGAGGAGGAGAAGGAGAGGAGAAAGGAAGACAGGAUACGAAAGCGAGAGCAGAAGCUGCGGGAGAGAGAGGAGCGGAGGACCAUGAAGAAGGUGAGGCGACAGCAGCAAGAGGAGCAGAAGAAGCUGCAGAUGAAGAUCGCCAUGGAGGAGAGGAGGCUGCUGCUGGCUCAGCGAAACCUGGAGUCCAUUCGUCUCAUCGCUGAGCUCCUGGCCAGGGCCAAGGACCAGAAGCAGCAGCAGCAGGAGAAACAGAAAGCUGAGCGGGAGGAGCUGGAGAGGCAGGAGCAGGCGCGUCAGAAGGAGGAGCUGUCUCGUCUCCAGCAGCUGGAGGCCCGCAGACGCAAGCAGGAGGAGGAGCUCCGCCGGGUGGAGGUGGAGAAGGAGCGAGCACUAGAGCUCCAGCGGCGCGAGAAGGAGCUCAGGGAGAAACUGCUUUGCAACCUCGUGAAGAAAAGCAGCGGUAACGCCACGACACCCCCAGGCGCACCGGAGCAGGCCACGAGUGAGGAGGCCCCCGACCCUCGGGGCAAUGAUGUAAUGUUCGGAGUCCUGGGUCGGAUGUAUGGAGUGAAGGCAAUGGAGAGCGGGGAGAAGCAGAUGUCCAAAGCCGGCCCGCAUUCACAAGCUCUCGGGAAAAAACGAACAACGGAGGAGAGGAGAGUUGGGGAAGACAAGAAGAAGGACCGGGAGAGAAAGAAGAAGAAGGAGGAGGAGGAGGUGAGGGGACGGCACAGUAGGGAGCAUGCGAGUGACCGCAACCACUCCCCACGGAAGAGGAGCUCACACAGCCGAGGGAGGAGAAGGCGCUCUCCGAGCUGUGACAGGAGGCGAAGGAGCUCGAGCCAACGGAGGAGGAGCUCCAGCCGCCACAGGAGGAGCCUCAGUCACCGCGGCAGCAGGAGGUGCAGCCACAGCAAUUACAGCCGGAGCACAAGCUCGAGCCGGGACAGGAGCCGAAGCAGCAGCGGGAGGAGCUACAGCGGAGAGAGGAGCAACAUGCGGAGUCGGCACAGACACAUCCGAGGCAGCUCCAGGAGCAGGGACGGGGGGAGUCACAGCCACUACCGGUACAAGAGACGCAGCAGCAGCAGGGACAGGAGCCACUUCAGACGAUGCUGAGCAUCACCUGAUUGAUUUCCCCGUGGAGAGGAGGGUCUGUUUUAAGUUCGUAAUGUCACAGAGCACUGAAAGGCUUCCUGCAGAACAGGGAGACAAGAAAUCUUGUAUUUGAAUGAAAGUAGAAUCAUCAUCACAAAAUCAGAAGUGAAAGAUAUGAGCGUUCCCUGUGUGUGUUUAAGGCUUGUAAGGCAUUGCAGAUGAUUUGAGGGAGUUGCUUUUACAUUUGUUUUUCCCACAUGCUAUUUCAAUGAAGUUGCUGACUUAAUUUGUAACUUAAAAAAAAUAAUUCUUCUUAUAUUUCACCUAACAGUGUGAAAGACAUGCAUCAACAUUUGCACUGAAGUACAAUAUAACUAAAGUGAAUACACUUAUUAGGGUAUUUAAAUUUGAUUCAUUCAGAUUUGACUUGUGAUAAUUGUUUUAAUUAAAGGUUCUAUCUUUUUUGCGCUGGCAACUUUUCUUUGUGCAUCAAAAACAGUUAUUAGUAAUAAGUGGUAAGUUCAGAUGUUUUUUGUUGAUCUCAAGCCUCAUCUGCCUGACUGCAGACCCCCAUGGCUGCCCUGGUCGUGGAGUCGUUCCAUCACAAGUGUGAAAUGUUCUCCAUUAUGAGAAACAUGCAUCGACGUUCAGGUUCUCCUGCGUUCGCUGCCUGAAAUGUUUGCUGCUUUGUUAUCGGUUGUGUUGUGAUAAGCAGACUCUUCAUCCAGCUCAGCCACGCUGCACCUUUGAUCACCAAGCUUCACAAUUUGUGUAGAAGUUUGUUCAAUAAGGAAAGGGGAUUUGUUGGACUCUGUUGUCCUCUUUCUUCUGUUAUGUGCAAGUUUUGAAUUAAAGAAUUGAGACUUGUCCCAGCCAUUCAAGACCUUUUCCAAGUCUGGGUCAAAAUGUAUUUUUUUCAAAAAGCUUCUGGGACUAAAGUCAAACUGCACCAGAGAGCUGGAGGGAUUCCUGCUUCAUGCUGGAUUUAUUUCUAUGUGCUUCUAAUAGAUGCUCUCUUUGUUGUAUUUCAGGUUUGGGGAAGUCCAAUGGUUUUGUUACUAAAAGCUCAGGAUGUCUAAAAGCAUGUUUUGCAAACAUUCAAAUAAAAAUUCAUGCUGAAAAACCAUGACGUCCGACCACCA